UGUUAUAUCUUCAUAGGGAGCUGUGUCAGUCUGGAAGGUGCUUCGUCCAGAUCUAACAUGGCUAAAGAAUUUUGCAUAUCCAAGGCCCUGGCCGUGGGCACGGUGGUCAUGACCAUGUCCGCUGUCGGUGGUAUUAUCACCAUGGCCAUCAUUUAUCAAAUACAGAUUGCAGAAAAUGAACCUACACGGCCACCCACAACGCUACCGACGACGCCGAUUCCAACAGGACCUCCGCCAGACCUGAGGCUGCCUAGAAACCUGGUCCCCGAGAGCUACACCAUCUUCCUGAGGCCUCACCUUUAUACGGAGGUCACCAAUGAGACCAAUCAAACUUUCGUUUUUACCGGGAACUCUACAGUGACAUUUCUGUGUUUGAAAAAGGCCGGAAGCAUUUUCCUUCACAGCAAGGACUUGGACGUCAAAAACCCAGUGCUAAUGCGUCUGGAUAAAAGUGCCAUUCUGAAAGUCAAACUAAACUUCAAUUAUAGCACUGUCAAUGAGACCAAUUUCUUAGAAGUACAGCUGGAUGAUGGCAAAUCUUUGGAACCAAAUGGAACCUACAGCCUCUUUACCGAAUUUGAAGGAAAGUUGCUCAAUGAUUUGGCUGGCUUCUAUACAAGUCAAUAUGAGGUGGAAAAAGACAAUGAAACUAGAUAUCUUGCUGCGACUCAGAUGCAAGCCACUGAUGCCAGAAAAGUGUUUCCCUGUUUUGAUGAGCCUGACAUGAAGGCUGUAUUUCGACUCACCCUCAUUCACAGAGAAGGCACUCAAGCACUAGCCAACUGGCCUCCAGAAGCUUCUAGUGGCACUGGGAUUGUAAUCGAUGGAGAGAGGUGGAUCAUGACUGAAUUUAAGCCGACAAAGAACAUGUCGACAUACCUCUUGGCUUUUGCAGUGUCUGAUUUCAAACCUAAGUUGAAACCAGGACUUGAAAGAGACAUUAAGGUAUGGGCUCGACCUGAAGCCAUUGAUGCCGGCCAUGCAGAUUAUGCUCUUAGUAUCACACAGAACAUCCUGGAAUUCUAUGAAAGGGAAUUUGAGGUUGCAUAUCCUGUGGGCAAACUAGAUCAGAUUGCCCUGCCUGACCAUGCAGCAGGUGCGAUGGAAAACUGGGGACUGAUAACUUACCGUGAGUCAGCUCUUCUGUUUGUGGACGGAGUUUCCUCCUCAAUGAAUAAAGAAUACAUUGCUACAGCGAUAGCUCAUGAGCUGGCCCACCAGUGGUUUGGGAACCUGGUUACCAUGAAAUGGUGGAAUGAACUGUGGUUGAAUGAGGGAUUCGCCACAUUCAUGUCUUACCAAGGAGUGAAAGAUGCAGAGCCGACCUGGGAUACAGAAGACCUAUUUGUGGUCAACGAGGUCCAGAAUGCUUUCCAGGUGGAUGCCCUGGCCUCUUCUCAUCCUCUUAGUUCCAGUGAGGAGGAGAUUCAAACGCUUACAGAGAUCAAUGAGCUCUUUGACUCGAUCACUUACAGCAAGGGAGCUGCAGUGUUGAGAAUGCUGUCACAGCACAUAGGCCAAACAGAUUUUAAAAAUGGCAUAAAGAUGUAUCUUAAGGCUCUGCAAUAUACGAAUGCCGAUCAAAAUGACCUGUGGACUCACUUACAGCAGGUGGUUGAUAAAGACUCCAACGGAAUAAAGGAAUUCAUGAGCAGCUGGACCAAGAAAGCGGGUUACCCCGUUGUCAUGAUAAACACCACCAAUGGAGAAAUAUCCCAGGAACAGUUUCUCCUGAACGGAACAUGGAACCAGGAAGUUAUAUGGCAUGUGCCCAUAAGUGCAAUGGCAGGCGAUAACCCCAAUCUUUUGAAAGGAUUUCUACUUAAAACAGCAGGCCCGGUGGUAAAAACGGAGAUGAAAUCCAAGGAGUGGAUCCUGGUCAACUAUAACUGUACUGGUUAUUACCGUGUUAACUACAACCUGGAGAACUGGCAGAGACUCAUCAAGCAGCUGGAGACUGACCACCAUGCAAUUCCACCAAUCAGCAGGGGACAGCUUAUUGAUGACGCAUUUAAUCUGGCAAGGGGCAAAUAUGUGGAUGUGACACUAGCACUGGACACAACCAAGUAUCUCGGAAAUGAAACGCAGUACAUUCCGUGGGAGGCUGCUCUGAAAAACAUGGAAUAUUUCAUCCUCAUGUUUGAUCGCUCUGAGGUCUAUGGACCAAUGCAGGCAUACCUGGAAAAACAGAUCACACCACUUUAUAAACACUUUGAGAAUAACACAAUGAAUUCUACAGAACCAGAGAGUCACACUGCACAGUAUGCCCAGUUGGAAGCCGUUUCAAUGGCGUGUGAAGUUGGCUUUAAAGACUGUAUUGACAUGGCUAAAUGGAAGUUCGAACAGUGGAGAAAAACCGGCACGAACAGUAUACGCCCAAACCUUAAGUCCAGUAUUUAUUGCCAUGCCAUUGCUGCUGGAGGAGUGGAGGAAUGGGAGUUUGCCUGGGAGAAGUACCUGAACUCCACCAUCGCAACAGAGAGAGAUAAGCUAAGAUAUGGCCUCUCUUGUACAAACCAUAUCUGGCUUCUGAACAGAUACCUCCAGUAUACUCUUGAUUACACUAAGAUAAGAAGGAUGGACACCGUGUCUACCAUCAACUACAUUGCGAGCAAUGUGGCUGGUCAAGCUUUGGCUUGGGAUUUCGUCCGGGCCCAGUGGAAGUAUUUCAGUGUAGAAUAUGGUGAGGAGAUUAUGUUCCUUGGGAGUCUAAUUGAUGGGAUCACUGAGAGAUUCUCCACAGAGUAUGAACUUCAGCAGCUGAAACAGUUCCAGAGGGACCACACUGAGGACUCCCUAAACUCAGCAUCCAGAGCCUUGGAACAAGCGAUUGAGAGAACAGAGGCCAACAUUAAAUGGGUGGAGGAAAACAAGGCCACAGUUCUUGACUGGUUCCGAAGGGAAUCGAAAAGACCUUAAACCAAAUUUUACAGGGCUGCUUGACCAAACACAUAGACUAGACAGAAACAUUAAAUUCAAAGCAGCUGUUAUGAGGCAACAGUAUUUCAAAUGUAGAUGGUUGCCUUUAAUACCUAGAAAACUCAUGAUCAUUUUAACCAAGAGACCUUCGCAGCUGACAAAGUUGUAGAAUAGCAUGAUUAAUGAUAGCAGAUGUUCCCAGAUAUAAAAUCCCAGAUAACUAUAUAACCAUAUAUUAGCCAUAUAUUUAAAAAACAUAUUCUGCAAUUUUUCCCAGUCCUGUUGCAAUGAAAAUGAGCUGCUCCAAGAUAUAUUUCAAGAUACCCCAUAUGUCAUAUGUGCAUUUCACUAUAUGCUUUAUCAAAUACCACAUACAAUGAAAUAUAUAUAGAAAGACAGAUAGAUGGAGAGGGAGAGUGACUAAUUUUGUAUUUUUGUAAUCAAAUCAGCCUAAUAUAUUCAUUGAGUUUGUAUUUGACUGCUUUGAAUGGAAUUACAUCCAAAGAAAGCACUUGCUGAACUCAAACAGAGUGCAAUAACUAAGCGAGUACUAUUUUUUUGUCAUUGCCUGGCUAUUUUUACUUUUUUACAUGUUUAAUCAACUGCAUAUGCUAUUUCUUUCAAAAUGUAUAAAUAAAGAAGUGAUAGUGUUUUAAAAAACCAGUGAGUUCCCCUGGUGUGAGUAGAUAUAUCUAUCUGAAAAGCACAAGCAACAAGUGCCUAUUAAAGAGGAUCUAGGCUAGGACAGAGUGUACUUUAUUGAUCUCUGAUGGGAAAUAUUUGUAUUGCCUUAACAUACAAAAUCACAAUCAACAGAGACAAAAUCAACCGAGACUCUCUAGACAGAGAACUAAACACAUACAAUUAAAACACUGUUUGACUUUCAGCAAAGAACAAAAUAUGUCAAUACUGAAGCCAUAAGGCGACACUGUCAAUUCGUCUGUGGUGAGGGCGAAUUUAUUUAUUUUGGUCUGAGGAACCUAAUUGUUCACUCUGGAUGAAAUUGUAAUGUGAAACCAUCCAAAAAGUAUUGUUCUUCAUGUCACAGACCUGGUUUCUCAUUUUACCCGUCAGUGUUCUUCUCUCCACUCACCAUCAGCAGUCCCCAGCAUUCAGACAUAUUUACCAGCAGCGUGUACGCUUGUGACUGUGAGUUGACAGCCGUGAGUUGACUUGCCAACUGGCCAGCUCCCAUUCAUCAAAGACUAUAAUUUGACCAUUAUUCACUCAGUCAGUCACUGUUAUGGAACUGCCUCCAUACCCUCUCUGUAAUAUUUCUCAUAAUAGAGAGAAGAAAACAAGAACUACUACGCUACAUCUGGACCCAACCCUAUUCAAUAUGUUCCACAUCUAAAUGUCCAUUAGGGAAAAUGCAUCAAAUGCAAUAUUAUCAAUGCAAAUUCACCAGACUCAGCAAACACGGACUUUUCCAUUAAUGUAUUUUUGAGGUGAACCCGCAAUGUUAGGGUUAUUGUCAGAUUUAACCCAACUUUUUAAAAGUAGUACAAAUAAUAAUUAAUGAUUAAAUGUGCAAUGUUUUUUUUGUUGUCCCUCUAUAUCAACCAUAAUGUAUGAAUUCUUACGAUUCACGAUUAAAUGGUAAUGCAUACCAAUAUUA